AUGACUGAGAAAAAUGAAUCUAAAACGAAGAUGAAAUCAUAUCAAUUUAAACAUCAAAAUAUUCAAGGAUGGAAUGAUUGUCCUGCCUUACUGUGUUCCCAAUCAAAGCCGAACAGGAAGAUCAGAAGACCAAAGAGAGUCAGCAGUUAUGUCUCAUUUCUGAAUCCGGCUACAAAUGAUACAUUAACUGUGGGAACCAAGCAGGUGCCUCCUUUGAAAUUGGAGAUUAGCACUCCUCCACCAUUCACUAAAUGUGAUAUUCAAGCAUCUACCAGCAACUCAGUAACGCAAAAUGAUAAAAAAGAAAGCGAAUACAUUAAAAUUGAGCUUGCGCAGUUAUUUACACUAAAAACUAGACUUACAGAAAAAGAAAUGUGUUUGUUUAAAAAGCAAAUUGGUGAAUCGGAUAUUUUUCAGGACGAAGUAAGCAAAAGAGCAGCUUUAUCGUUUAUAAAUGACUUCAAACGGCACCUCGAUAUCACACAUAUAGGUGAAGAUAUUCUUGAAUUUAGACAGCAUCAUUCCGAUGCUAUUUGGUGCCUGCCUUUAUGGAAAGUUCUGCAAUCUGCUGAAAUCGAAUCUUGA